AUGAGCCUAAACUUCAGCGACGAUGAUGAGGUGUACACCCAGGAUGGGGCGAAGAACGGCGAGGGAGAUGACUUAAAUGGGGGCGCGGCAGAGGACUACAUGGGAGACGCGGCAGAGGACUACAUGGGAGACGCGGCGGAGGACCCCGUUGAGGGAGAGCGCAAUGAAGAGGAGGAAAAGAAGAAGCGGAAAAAAAGCAUCACGUUUCAGCUGAAAAACAUUUUUAACGACGUAGCGUUGAAUAAAAUUACUAGCUACAUUAGGAAGAAGCGGAAGAGAGAGAAGCGGAACAGCUACACAGGCGAGUGGAACGACUCGCACGGAGGUGAUAAUCAGAGCAGCAGCGGCGGGGAAGAAGGCGGCAGUGACGAUGCAAUGGGCGAGGAAGAAGACGAGCUGCAGAAGUACGUGCGGGAGGAAAAAAACAAAAUAAAGCAAAUACUCCCGGAAAAUGACGAACUGUGGGACAUAUACAUGUACCUAAAUUUAAAGAAAAAGAAAAGAAAAAUUGACUACAACGAAAAGCACUACACAGCAGCCAUUCGGAAGAUCCUACAGUGUGUGACGAGUGACUACAAAGCUGUCGUUAUUGCAAAGCUGUUCGAAAAUAAAGUGCUCAAAAAGUACUUAAUUUUACCUGACCAGUCAGAUUUUUUUAAAAACAGCAAAAUUGAACACAUCGGGAGGAAUACCUCCGUCCCAAUUAUAAAAAGGAAGAAUUCCCUGCUGGUAAUGAAGAAGAAGCUAGUUGAGGUGUAUGUUAAGGGAAACUGUUGCAGUUAUACGAAGGACGAGGAGUUGUGUCACUUGUACGGCGGGGAGAAGGAUGGCGCGGAUUUGUCUGACCAUAAUGGGGGAGCAGACCAUAAUGGGGGAGCAGACCAUAAUAAUAUGGGAGAUCCCCAUCGCGGGGAGUUUAAUCGCGAGCAGCCCAAUCAACGGAGCAACUUGGAGCAGGCGGGGAGAGACACCAACUUUGUUAUUGAAAAGGAAAAAAUAAAUCUGGAGCUAGCCAAGCUGACGGACAAGUACACCCGAAUGGUCCACAAGAUAAAACAGCAUCGUAGGAAAAACUUAAAAACAAGUUUCAAUCUUUUUAUGCAAUUAAUAAAUGAAGUCAUGUCCAAGCUGUAUUUCCCCGUUAAUAAUGUGUUGCUUAUGGGGGAGAACAAAACUGACCUAACAGAUAUAUACAAAACGGUUCGGCGGAAAUACAAUCUGCAUGAUGUGCUCUCCAAGGUGCAAAGCCUCAGCCAGAAGAAGGAGGUGUAUGAGCACUACCGCGCCUACUUAAUUUAUAAAUACAAAAGCACCUACUCUGCUUGCGACCAGCUGUUUAAGACGCACCAGAUGGGCGAAAACAUUAACAUCUUCAAUUUUAAAAGUUUUUACAACACGGAGUUUGGGGCGGACGAGUUUUCCGUCGUUAGGGCGCAGGAAGCAGAAGGGGUGGAGGAAGCAAAUGAGGCGCACGAAGCAGGCGGAGCGAGUGGAGUGGGAAGUUCCCCCCACGGAGACGCGGCGAAAUCCGGGCAGGGCGCACCCGGGGACUCCUUCGCGGGCGACGUGUACGACGUGUACGACGCGGAGGACUUCUUCCAAGUGAACGUGGCCCCCGAGGGGAAGGCGGGGGGAGCAGCAGGGGAUGCGGCAGGAAGCGCCGCUGCGGCGGGUACCGCCCCCGUUGAGGAGACGCCCCUCGAGCGGGCCAAGCGGAUCGCCCGCGAGAAGAAGCAGAAGCUGAUGGAAAGCAGAGUGAAGAUCAUAUGA